AUGGAAUUGAAACAACUAAAUAAGUUUACCGAAGAAUAUAAACUAGAAAAGACUCAUAAACUUAUUAAAUAUCUUAUUAUUUUGGGUAUAAGUGUAGCUAAACAAUCACUAAAUGAUAUUACUUAGGAUGGAAUCAAAUCAUUAGCUAAUGCUUAUAAAGAAAAGUCUAUUCAAUAAGAAAUAAAAAGCUUACGCAAGAAAGUACUUUCAUUGGAAAAGCAUUUUUAACCAGAACAAUAAAUUAAAUAUCAUAGUCAACCAAAAUUACCUACUAAAAUAACUCCUAAAAUUACAGAACAAAUACCAGUUUAAUAAAAUGUCAAAAAAGCCAUACCAUUCAAACAUCACUUAGAUGAUUCAGAAAUUAAAUCAAUAUUGUGGAAUCAAUACAAUAACAAUUAUGAACUAAACUACGAAAAUAAAGAUUCAUAACAUUAACCUAAAAGAAAGUAAACAUUUGAUUCAUAACCAAUUAUUCCUCAAUAUCUACCUAGAAAUGAUUCAUAAAACGAAAUUUAACCAUUAUCAUAAAGAGAGAAUAGUGCCAGAUAAUAAACAUAGCGAUCUUCAUAUCAUUCUAGCCAGAUAGACAGUUUACACAGUCUACAUAGUCGAAACUCACCUUAAUUUAAAGAUGAGAUUAAGAAAAUACAUAAGGAGAAUAAGACUCCUCAAGGAAGUUCUGUACCAAAACAUCUUAGAUAAGUGCAAUCAAAAAUUAAAUAACAAAUACUAUAAGAUAAAGAAUAAUAUAGAUCAAAUCAUGUUCAAAAAGUAGAUGACCAAUGCAUUAAUAUAAAUAAUUCUAUGAAUCCACUGAAUAACACUCCUUAGAAUAAGUUGUUUUAACCUUGUCAAUCUACUCAUUUUGGUAGUGGGUAAGUAGGCAGCGCAUAGCAACAGUAAAAUCACCCUUAGGAAUCAAAUACUAUCACCGAAAGAAAAUUAUUUAAUAUUGAUGAGAUUGCUUCAUCAUUUUUAAAUUCUCCUUUCCUCAAAAGUUAGAUCAAACAAAGACUAUUUAAUAAAUAAGAAUCGGCUUCUAAAUCAUCAGCAUCCAGUACUUUCUCAUUGUUCAAUCCAAACAACGAACUUAAAAAUUUCUUUUAAUAGUUAGACAAGUAAGUGGUCAACUAGUUAUCUUUUUAAUUUUGA